UAGCAGUGGACGCAGUCAUUUCGUGCACUCACUUUGCCGCGUGCGGAAGGUUCGAAAAGACGUGUUCGUCAAGCCGAAAUUAAACAAGUUUUUGUUAAGCAGCUGAUCGCUUUGGCAUUGGCGAAUAGCAGCAAAAGGGGCACAUAUUUAUGUACUACCUUCACUAGUAUUGGCGAAAUACAACUGUAAUAUGUAUGUGAUUGACGUGGCAAUGCACAUCGAGAUAUUAUGAAGGCGUAGCUGUGAUAUUCUCGAAAUUUAUUUAUUGGAAGAAAUUUAUUUUUGGAUUGUGAAAAAGAUGAAAUAUUUUGGUGGGGUUGAAGGUGGGGCCACACACUCGCGGCUAGUUAUUUGCGAUGAACAGGGAAGCGCAGUUGCUCUAACCAGUGGUCUUGGCACGAAUCAUUGGAUGGUCGGCAUACCGGAAGUCGCACGACGAAUUUCCGAUAUGGUGGAGCGUGCCAAGGAAGAAGCUGGCAUUGAACAGGAUGUGCGUCUAACCAGUUUGGGAUUAAGUCUGAGCGGUUGCGAACAGGAAGCCACAAAUCGGGAGCUUGAGAAGGAAAUGCACAACGCUUUCCCCGAUAUUUCGGAAAGUUACAUAGUCUGUAGCGACACAAUGGGCAGUGUUUUCACCGCUUCACCAAUCGGUGGCAUGGUAGUGAUUAGCGGCACAGGUUCAAAUGCUCUACUACGUAAUCCCGAUGGUAGCACAUAUACGUGUGGUGGCUGGGGACAUUUCAUGGGCGAUGAGGGAAGUGCCUUUCACAUUGCCCACCGGGCAAUGAAAAUUGUCUUCGAUGAUAUUGACAAUUUGGAAAAAUCCCGUUAUCCCAUCGAUCGUGUCUGGGAACUGAUCAAGUUGCACUUUAACGUCGACACACGUUUCGAUUUACUGCCACAUUGCUAUGCCAAAUUCGAUAAGCCAUUUUAUGCGAGCCUCUGCAAGAAGAUUGCCCAUGCUGCCGAUCAAGACGAUGCGCUCUCUAUGUCAUUAUUUAACGAAGCUGGCCGUUGUAUUGCGCGUAGCAUAGCAGCGCUAACGCCCAAAGUACAAACGGAAUUGGUCAAAACCGGCGAUCUCAGCGUGGUUUGUGUGGGCUCCGUUUGGCAUAGUUGGCAUUUGCUGAAGGAGGGCUUCGAGCAUGAAAUGCAUAAACAUGACAUACCAUUCGAUUUGAAAUUGGUCACCAUAACAAAGAGUAUGGCAUAUGGUGCCUGCUAUUUGGCCGCUGACGCCAUCGACCACCAAUUGCCGCGCAACUAUCUGGACAACUUUGACGUCAUGUAUCACUAUCGUACGAAGGAAAAGACAACGAAUGGGCUUGGCAGCAGCAGCAGCAGCAAUGGUUGUCAAAGUAUUCCAUCGGUGGAAAGCAUUGCAGUGCAAGCUUAGAUAAAAGCUCUGAGUCUCGAAAAACUACGUGAACACAUUAUAGGUACAUAAAUAAUUAAAAUAAAAUUAGUAUCACUUCCAUAGCUUAAAAUAUAUACAUAUGUACGUCCUGAUUAGUAGCUCUGAAUUCCAUAGAUUAAUUUAAACAAAAGCAUACAGCAUAGGUAUGGUAGGGAAAGGGCGUAUCUCACAUCGUCGCUGAAAUGCAAAAAAGCUACAACUAACUAAAUUGUUUUGUUGCAUAAAACGAUGUGGGAACUUUUAGUUUGAUGAAAUGCAUCAUAAUCGAUCCGAAAGAGAAUUUUGGAUUUUUAGUUAGUUACGGUAUUUUGUAUUUCAGCGGCGUUAUGAGUUACGCCCUUUACAUACUAUACUUACGAUAUAUACUAUAUACUAUAUAGCAUAUAGCAUUACAUAUGACAUCGUGUAGUGAGAAAAUUGAAAGCAUAGCCUUAGUUAUAAAUAAAUACAAAUGCCAUUUUUAAUAAAAAAAAAUAAA